CACGAUUGGUCUAUGCUUAAACAUGUUACUAUAUGGUGGUAAUAAUUAUUUCCUGACAGUAUAACAACUAAACCAGCCUAAAUACUGCCUGUAAUUAUUAAAUUUAAACUAUACACGUACGCUUAUAUUCUACAUUUCAGAACUGUUGCGAAAGAGAUAUAAAGAUAUAUUACUAAUUUUAAUUUAUAUAGCGGUUGGAAUUUUCGAAAUAAAAGCUAGUUAUUUGAACUGUGUAGUCAUCUAUACAUUCGGGUAAAAAUUGAACAUGUCAGAUACAUUAUAUAAAACAACUGGAAUACUAUUUUCUACGGUGAUUUUACUGUCCUUCAAAAAUAUUAAUACUUCAGCGUUUAUUAUGGAGAACCAGUCACCAUCAUUAUUGAAGCGAAGCUGGGUAUACUCAGAUACAUAUAACUGCGAAAAAAUCUAUAGCUGUUUCAAUACGAGACAGUGUCGCCAAAGGUAUAACUCACCGAACUAUUUCUGUGCAAACAUUUAUCCCUGUGGGUCAUCAUGUGCACCACUGGAUUAUCAUGGUCACUUAAGGUCAUACGAACUCGCGACAGAAUAGAAAAGUAAAGAACUAAAUUGAAAAAUAUCAACAGGUAAAACCUCAUGUUAAUAAUAAUUGCCUAAGACUACGACUUAACAAAAUAAAGAUGCAAUGUUAUAUUAUUCACUUUUAUGGAAGCAACUAGGACGGGGUAACAACAAACCAUUCAACUAAAAUAUAUAUAUCUUCAUGCCUAUCCCUAGUUAAUUAAAACAGUUCACAUCAAAAUCUCGUGUUUCCAGUUAAUGUAAUUUCAAAACAAUAAAUGCUAAAUUUAGACUAUGCGAAAUAAAAC